AUGUCUAUACCUCAAGAACACGACUACAUAGGCUUAUCCGAGCCUCUAUCCCUCGAACAAUCCUCCGAGAAAAAGAAUGGCCUGAAUCUAAAAGAAACCGAGCUGAGGCUCGGGUUGCCAGGCUCGGAGUCCCCUGAGAGGUGGGCUGGGCCUGGGGUUUCCAUUUUCGGGAAGGAUUUGAAGGAUGAUAACAAUGGCGGAAAUGGGUUUUCGAAGAAUCUUGUUACCGGCGCAAAGAGGGUUUUUUCUGAUUCAAUCGGUGGUUCUGUGAAGUGGGGUUUGGGUAUUAAUGGCGGAUCUGAGGGUAAUUUGGGUAUUAGUGUUGGUGGAGAUUGCAAGGGCAAGAACAGUUUGCCUAUGAGUUCUGUGAAGGAGAUUGUUCCUCCUGUGAAGAAGCCUGUUGAGGAGAAGAAGAGUGGAAAUUGCAAUAAUGCCCCUGCUGCAAAAGCACAAGUAGUUGGAUGGCCACCAAUUAGAUCUUUCCGGAAGAAUACCCUCGCCACCAAUUUACCGAAAAACGACGAGCUCGGUAAAAAAUCAUCAGGACCGGUUUGCCUGUACGUGAAGGUCAGCAUGGAUGGUGCCCCUUAUCUGAGGAAGAUUGAUCUCAAAACUUAUAGCAGCUAUCCCGAACUUUCAUCCGCUCUCGGGAAGAUGUUUAGCUGUUUCACCAUAGAGCAAUGUGCUGGGCAAGGACAGCUAAGCGAGAGUCGUUUAAUGGAUUUGCUUAAUGGUUCCGAGUAUGUGCUGACUUAUGAAGACAAGGACGGUGAUUGGAUGCUCGUUGGGGAUGUUCCUUGGGAAAUGUUCAUGGAUUCAUGCAAGAGAUUGAGGAUUAUGAAAGGCUCUGAUGCAAUUGGGUUAGCUCCAAGAACCAUGCAGAAGUGCCGGAGCGAAAACUAG